UGCCAAUGGAGAGUUCAAAAAGUAGACAUGGCUAUCUCUAUUUUGAAUUUUGUGAUGUUUCUGCUUUUACUUGGAGAAUUCCCAUAGUGGAUAAGGUAUUUCAAUUGAGCAAAAAAUAUCCUGGACUUAAGAAACUAAACAGUGUUGACUUGUCUCCAGCAAGUUGGAUGGCUAUUAGUUGGUGUCCAAUUUGCUAUAUACCAAUGAAUGGGCUAACAAACAAAGUGUCAACAUUUUUCCUCACGUAUCAUACAAUCUCAUCACUAUUUCAAGAGAACACAAACGAUGAAACAGGUGAAGGUAUGACACUAAUAAAGAAGAAAAUUGGAGGAAUUCCCCUUCCACCUUUUGGGCUAACAUCUUACAAGAUGGAAAAUGAUGUUUGGAUGAACAAAGUCCAAGCUAAUACAGAAUAUGGUGAUCUUCAAAGUGCUGCUAAUUGUUGGCUUAAGCAGCUUAAUUUUUCUCAUCAUGAUUUUAAUUUUUUCAACUCAAAUGCCAAAAAUAUAGAUCAUAUUUACUUAUAUUGA